UGCCCAAAUUUAUAAGACAGGCAAAGGGUACGCGCAUGAGAAAUCUUCGACGCGGACGCGACAUUGAGCGCGAGUGCGCUCACGGGCACGCGCUCGUGCUCACGGACAUACACAGAAAAAGAGAAAGCGAGAGAGGCGAGGAGUGUGUGCGGCGGCCUCGCGCUUAUAAUGGCUGCCAAGAAAAGCAGAGCUGAGGAAAAUCAGUUACAUUGGGAAUAAAAUCGUGCACAGGUGAGGAAGAAGAGGAUGGUGAGCAGUCAAGCCAAGUACGAGCUGAUCCAGGAGGUGGGCAGGGGCAGUUACGGUGUGGUAUACGAGGCAGCUGUACGGCAGACCGGUGCUCGUGUGGCUGUGAAGAAGAUCCGCUGUCACUCCCCGGAGAACGUUGAGCUGGCCUUGAGGGAAUUCUGGGCCCUGAGCAGUAUCCAGAGCCAGCAUCCCAACGUCAUCCACCUGGAGGAAUGCGUUCUCCAGAGAGACGGUCUCGCCCAGAGAAUGAGCCACGGCUCCAGCUCCUCGCUCUAUCUGGAGUUGGUGGAGACAUCCUUGAAAGGUGAGAUCACGUUUGACCCCCGCUGCGCCUACUACCUGUGGUUCGUCAUGGACUUCUGCGAUGGUGGAGACAUGAAUGCCUAUCUACUGUCCCGCAAACCCAGCCGCAAGACUAACACCAGCUUCAUGCUGCAACUGGGCAGUGCUCUUGCCUUCCUGCAUCGCAACCAGAUCAUCCACCGAGACCUCAAACCCGACAACAUUCUCAUCUCGCAGGGCCGCACCCCAGCCGGGUCCCCCGAACCCACCCUGAAAGUGGCUGACUUUGGCCUCAGCAAGGUCUGCUCCUGUUCGGGCCUGAACCCCGAAGAACCAGCCAGCGUCAACAAGUGUUUCUUGUCCACAGCUUGUGGAACGGACUUCUACAUGGCCCCUGAAGUGUGGGAGGGCCACUACACCGCUAAGGCUGACAUUUUUGCUUUGGGGGUGAUCAUAUGGGCCAUGGUGGAACGGAUAACGUUUGUGGAUGUAGAGACUCAGAAGGAGCUUUUAGGGAGCUAUGUACAGCAGGGGGAGGAUAUUGUCCCCUUGGGGGAGGCUCUGCUGGAGAAUCCCAAGAUGGAGCUCCUCAUCCCAGCCCGGAAGAAAAGCAUGAAUGCUGGCAUGAAGCAGCUGAUUCGAGAGAUGCUUUCCGCCAAUCCACAGGAGCGACCAGACGCUGUUGAGCUGGAGCUCAGGCUGGUUCGGAUCGCAUGCAGGGAACUUGAUUGGGAUACGUGAAAGGAAAGCAUCUUGGACAUGGGGGAAAUGCGUACAGGGAGUGUGAACGGAUAAAAACUUUGAUGCCAACACACACACAACCAUAAGCCUCUGUGAGUCGGGGAUCUCACGUCUUUGACACACGAUACCAGCGAGCUGAAUUUGAUCUCCACUUCACUGUGUCAUUUCUGCCUGGAAUCCCAGAGUGCCGAAUCUUACCAGUAAUCCCUUCCGCCACGCUCAUGACAGACUAACGCUAAGCCUGUUACGUUUCUGAGGUAUUAGGCUAAGAAAGCAUUCUCUGGGACAGAAACUGCCAUUCAGGUCAACGUUUUGUACAAUUUUACAGGCAAUUCAGACAUGAGUCCUCGUGGUAGUAGUACCUCUGUCCCUUUAAACACACGACGCGUCUUUUUCCUAAGUGACAAGCAAAAGCAUUAAUAUUUAAUGCUGUGUGUAUCCAUAUAUUUUUCACCUUGUCAAGUGGGGCAUGAUGUAAAUGCCAGAACCAGCAAAAUAUUAAUUCAGAGCAAUGGCUUAAAUCAUCCCUCUCAAAGUGUUUUUUUUCCCCUUUUGUGGAAGCUUCUCUUCCAACUGUGGUAUUAUGCUAUAAUCCACAUUAUCGCAAGAAUAAAGGAUAAAAGGAUUAUUUUCACAGAGCCACUACUUCAUAAUCACCCAAAUAUUGUUUAAUCUUCCUUUUUCUUUUAGAUUACCAUAAUUUAUGCCUUAUUUUUAAAUCCUAUUGCCCUUAUGAGCACUUGAUUCGGCUGUGUGUUUCCUGGAGUUCUCUCAAAGGACAGAGCUACAUUUGCCUCACAAACACUUCGUUGUGUUGGUUAGAAAUGAUUUUUUUUUUAACAAGUGUUGCUGUUUGUCAGUAUUAAUAAGAACUUCAUGGAUGGGACAUGUGUCCACUGAAUCGUGCAUCCGUGAAGCCGACAUGCAGACGAAUGUCACUUUUCACAUGUAGACGAAUGUAAGCUCCUGGCCCAAUAGAAACAUUGUGGGAAAAGAGCAAAUUAAAGGUGUGGUGCUGUCUUAGGCUAUGUUCACACCGCAGUUGCAUGUGUCCCAAACCUGAUUUGAGACUGAUCUGUUUUUGGAUGAGUGGGAACAGCAAAAAUCCCAUUACCCCGAGCCACUUUUGUAUUAUUCAGUUACGUUUUAUUGACCUGUGUCUGGUUUAAAAUAUAUAGUGCCCAAAAAAAUAUUUGGAUAUUUAAUUUACACUUAAAGAGUUAGUUCACCCAAAAAUGAAAAUUCUGUCAUCUACUCACCCUCAUGUUGUUCCAAACCUGUAAGACUUGCGUUCACCUUCGGAACAUAAAUUAAGUUAAUAUAUAAGUUAACAACUUUUUUUUUUUUUAAUAAAAUCUGAGCCAGUUUUGUACUCUCCAUUGACAGCUACGCAACUACCACUUAAAAGUGAUGACGAAUCCAUAUGAAUUGAGUGGUGUAGUCCAAUUCUUCUGAAGAGAGAUGAUCACUUUAUAUGAUGAACAGAUUGAAUUUAGGCUUUUAUUCACAUAUAAACAUCAGCGAACAUGAACAAGCUCAACCGAACCUGUUUGACGUGCAAGAAUGAACCUCAUUGGUUCUCGCAAGUCAAGCAAGCAUGAUGGAGCCUCCUUUUAUCAUAACUGAUGUGUGUGUUGAUGAAUGUUAAUAUGUGAAUAAAAGCCAAAAUUAAAUCGUGUCCCUUGAGAAAAUUUGGACUAAACCACUGAAUUCAUAUGGAUUAGUUUUACGAUCUCUUUAUGAACUUUUUGAAGCGUCAACAACAUGGUAGUUGCGUAGCUGUCUAUGGAGGGACAGAAAUUGCUCCAAUUUUAUUAACGAUAUCUUCAUUUGUGUUCAAGUCUUAUGGGUUUAGAAUGACAUUAAGGUGAGUAAUUAAUUACAGAAUUUUAAUUUGAGUAAACUAACCCUUAAAAAAUUUAUUAAUGUUACUGUUUUAGACAAAAUGUCAAAGCAAGAAUCAUCUGCCCUUAAAUGCUGCUAGAGCUUAUCUGAGCCAUUUUUGCAAUGGCUUUUAAUCAACUGGUGUCAAGGUGAUGUAUUAAAGUUCUGCUUAAGUUCACCCAGGUGUCCUAACCACAGGUGUAGUUCAUAACAUAUUCCACUAACGCUUCACUUUAAACAGUCACAACAGAAGUUAAAAUGUUAAUGCAUAGAUUCAUGAAGUCCAAGGUUGCAAAUACUUUUGAUAUAUCGUUCCGAUGUUUGGGGUCAUUUUUUUUUUUUUUUUUUUCAUGGUUUUUGAAUGGAGUCUUUUCGGCUGCAUUUAUUUGAUCAAAAAUACAGUAAAAACAGUAAUAUUUUGAAAUAUUACAAUUUUAAAGAAAUGUUUUACAUUUUAAUAUAUUUUAAAAUGUAAUUUAUUCCUGUGAUGGCAAAGCUGAAUUAUCAUCAGCCAUUUCUCCAGUCUUCAGUCACAUGAUCCUUCAUAAAUCAUUCUAAUAUGCUGAUUUGCUACUCAAGAAACAUUAUCAUUGAUGAUGAAAACAGUUGUGCUGAUUAAUGUAUAUGUCGAAACUGUGGUGCAUUUUGUUCAGGAUUUGAUGGAUAGAAAGUUCAAAAGAACAGCAUUUAUUUUAAAAUUGAUUUUUGGUUACAAUAUAAAAGUCUUUACUGCCACUUUUGUUUUAAUGACCCCAAACUUUUGAACUGUAGUGUAAUUUCAUAAAAUAACAGAAUAUGAUGUUAUAAUCAAAAUGCCAGGGUUGCGGUUUUACGCACACUGGUCAAUUUAAGAUUAGCGUCUGAUAUGGGACGUAUUUAAAUAAGUUGGUAAUAGCCUGAUUGGGGCAGAAAAUUGAGUUUGGAUGCUUUAUCUUGCGGUGUGAACAGACUUUAAACAAGCACCCCAUUACUUUAUCCUGAAAUUAGUUUUUCCUUCUUGACUAAUAAAAAAUGACCCACAAUAAUUUUCACUUGGCAAGUUUUUUUUUUUUUUCCUCUUCUGUACAUACUGUACAUGAACGUCUUAUGCCUGAAAUGCACAGAUGACUUCCUGAUGGUUUUACGUGUUUGAAUGAUUGGUGAGUUUGUAUUGUGGGCUGGGCUGUCCAUCAUUGGUUGUUAUAAGUAGCGUGAUGACAUGAUUUCAUGCCCUUCUGUGUUUCAGAUUUUUUUUGUUUGUUUUUUUGUGCUGUUUCAGUGUGUCUACUGAUAUGAUCUGAUAUACUGAUAUGUGUGUUAAACUGGGAGCACAACUGUAUUUAAAUUUUGUAACAAAGAAAAUCUUGUUUCAAAAAAGCACUACGAAAUAUUUCCCACAGUGCCCUGCUCACAGAUUCCCCCCAAGCCUCUGACAGCCUGACCUGAUUUAUGAUCAACUACUUGGAACUUUGUGGUGUUGCACUGUGACUUGAAAAGUGCUUUUUUUUUUUUUUUUUUUUUUCUUUCUUUCCCACAGAAACUUUGUGUUCUUGUAAAGUAUUUUGAGAUAAACAGAAUUUCAUGAGAGGGGAUCUUCUAAGUGAAUGUGUAAUUUAUUGUUGGGGUUGGCUUUAUUAAUAAAACUUUUACUUGAA